AAGUUAACAAUGGUGAUAUGUAACAUAUGAAGACAAGUAAAUACUAUUUUAUUGUGCAAUGUGCAGGUACAACUAGUCAAAUUAUCCAUUCAAAAAACCUAGGAGUCAAAUUACAGAUCUUAAUAUUUACAAUAAGACUUACUCCAAGGUAACUUUUUUUUUUUUUUGAGAAACUACUCCAAGGUAACUUGGUAAAGUUAAAAAUUACGAUAUAAUAAAAUAGGCUCUUGAGCUCAUAUCUCUAACAUUUACAUUUUGUGUCUUUUAUUCUAAACCUGAUGAGUACGAAACAACCAAUCCACUUAAGAACAUUAUGGACACGUGAAGCAAGAAAAAUUGGUGUACUUGCUUCUUUCUAACAUUAUCAUUGGAGCCACGGACAAGUUUGGGAUAGCAACAAAUUAAAUGCAUGAUAAUAACCACCAAGACCUUUAGGAAUGCUGGAAGAUUGGUAGGGUACAAGUACUUUUGGACACAAUCCCAAAUACAUAUAUAAUUAAGCGUGAUGAUUACUUGCCUGGUUAACCAAAUGACACUUUUAGUUGAUUUUUAUGUGAAAAAACAAUAAACUACGUGCACUGAGAAUGAGUAAUGGAAUUCAACAACUAUAUAAGUGUGCUAAUUAUACUUUGGUUGGCCAACACAUUCAUGGGGAGUUGGAGAAAGUCAGGCAUGGAAAUUCAUUAUCAUCAUCAUCGUCUCUUUUGGUAUGUGCUGCUUGUUGUUACCUAUUUUUUCUCUUUCACUGAAAGUUUAAGUCGGAGAGAUUUACCAGCUGGUUUCAUAUUUGGAGGGGCCUCAAGUGCUUACCAGUAUGAAGGGGCUGCAUAUCAACAUGGAAAAGGACCUAGCAUAUGGGACACUUUCACUAGGGAACAUCCAGAAAAAAUUGCGGACCAUAGCACCGGGGUUAUAGCUCAAAAUUUUUAUUAUCGCUUUGAGGAGGACAUAGCUCAAAUGAAAGAAAUUGGUUUAGACUUCUUUAGGUUCUCCAUCUCAUGGCCCAGAAUACUACCUAAAGGAAAACUCAGUGGGGGAGUGAACCAAGAAGGGGUCUCAUUCUACAAUAACCUCAUAAAUGAGCUACUGUCUCAAGCAAGUAUACAACCCUGUGUAACUUUAUUCCACUGGGACACUCCACAAGUACUUGAAGAUGAGCAUGAUGGAUUUUUGAGCAUCAACAUUGUAAAUGACUAUCAUGAAUAUGCGGACUUCUGCUUUAAGGAAUUUGGUGAUAGAGUGAAGCUGUGGACCACUUUUAAUGAGCCAAAUACAUUCAGUAGUGAAGGGUAUGCAAGCGGUACCAUAGCACCAGGUCGAUGUUCUAACUAUGUAGGAAACUGCACCUUUGGGAACUCAGGGAUAGAGCCCUACAUGGCAGCUCAUCACAUCCUUCUUUCUCAUGCAACUGCUGUAAAAUUGUACAGGGAAAAGUAUCAGGCUUCUCAAAUGGGAGAAAUUGGAAUUACAGUAUCAACGUUUUGGAUGGUGCCUAAGUACCAAACAAUUGCCAGUAGCAAGGCUACAUCUAGAGCUCUUGAUUUUGCAUUUGGAUGGUUUGCUCAUCCUGUUACCUAUGGUGACUACCCUAAGUUGAUGCGUGCUUUGGUGGGAGCUCGACUACCCAACCUCACUGUGAUACAAUCCAAGAUGGUAAAGGGGUCUCUAGAUUUACUUGGAGUAAAUUAUUACACUGCAAGAUAUGCAGAUGACUCCACAUCUUCUAGUAGUGUAAGCCUAAGUUACACAACAGAUAGCCAUGUAAAUCUAACCAAUGAGAAAGAUGGCAUUCCUAUUGGCGAACUGACCCCUUCCAGCUGGCUUUACAUUUAUCCAAGGGGAAUUCAAGAACUUAUUCUAUAUGUCGAGAAAAAUUUCAAUAAUCCACCUAUUAUAAUUUCAGAAAACGGAUUUAGUGAUGUAAAUAAUAACUCGUGGACAAUUCAAGAUGCUCUCAAUGAUAGUUUAAGGUUAAAAUACCACCUACUCCAUCUAUCAAGUCUCUUAAAAGCUACUUCUUUAAAAGCUACCAGGGCUAGAAUCAACGUUAAGGGAUACUAUGUUUGGUCAUUUCUUGAUGACUUCGAAUGGGAAUCGGGUUAUACAUAUCGGUUUGGCAUCAAUUACAUAGAUUAUAAAAAUGGGUUGACAAGAUAUAUGAAACAUAUUGCUUUAUGGUUCAAAAAAUUUCUUCCAAGGGAGAAUCUCACCACGAGUAUCAUCAUUGUUGUACUCUGA